GACCCUGGAGGAGACACGCGAGGUGGGAAGCUGACGGUGCCGGGCCGCUGCCUCUCCUGGGGCGCGCACUGAGCAGGAUGUCAGACAAGCUCAAGGAACGCAAAAGAACCCCCGUUUCUCAUAAAGUGAUAGAGAAGCGGAGGCGGGACCGGAUCAACCGCUGCUUGAACGAGCUGGGCAAGACAGUGCCCAUGGCCCUGGCCAAGCAGAGUUCCGGAAAGCUGGAGAAGGCGGAGAUCCUCGAGAUGACGGUCCAGUACUUGAGAGCCCUGCACUCCUCUGACUUUCCCCGGGGAAGAGAAAAAGCAGAACUCCUAGCUGAGUUUGCCAAUUAUUUCCACUAUGGCUACCACGAGUGCAUGAAAAACCUGGUGCAUUACCUCACCACGGUGGAGAGGCUGGAGACCAAGGACACCAAGUACGCACGCAUCCUGGCCUUCCUGCAGUCCAAGGCUCGCCUGGGCGCCGAGCCCGCCUUCCCACCGCUCGGUUCCCUCCCAGAGCCGGACUUCUCCUAUCAGCUGCACUCGGUGGGGUCCGAGUUGGCUGGCCACAGCCCAGGUGAGGCGGCUGUCUUCCCUCAGGGCGCUGCACCGGGGCCAUUUCCCUGGCCUCACGGUGCAGCCCGCAGCCCCGCACUGCCUUACCUGCCGAGCGCGCCGGUGCAACUUGCGAGCCCUGCGCAGCAGCACAGCCCUUUCCUGGCACAGGUGCAGGGCCUGGACCGCCAUUACCUCAACCUGAUCGGCCAUGCCCAUUCCAACGCCCUCAACCUACACGCGCCCCAGCACCCCACAGUGCUCUAACACCCAAGCACCCGCCAGGUU